AUGUCAGUCUCCACGGUAACAGACUCAUACUCGUCGAUCGGGUGGUCGGCGGUCUCUGUGACCCAAGCAGUUAAGAAUGUCACCAGCCGGGAGCGCGACCACCUUCUGGCUGUGGCCGAGGUUGUCGUGCUGGCGGUCAUCUUGGUGAUGGCGCUCCUCAGCAACGGGCUGGUGCUGGUGGUGUUGCUAAGGCGGAGACGACACCACAACCCGAUGCACCAGUUCAUGCUCAACCUCUGUGUGGCCGACCUGGUGGUGGCACUGUUCCAGGUGUUGCCCCAGCUGGUGUGGGACGCUAGAGGCCGCUUUCCCGGCCCGGACUUCCUGUGUCGCCUGGUGAAAUACCUGCAGGUCCUCGGGAUGUUCGGCUCCUCCUACAUGAUUGUAGCCAUGACGGUGGACCGACAUUACGCCAUCUGCUGCCCCCUCCUGGCGCACCGCAGCGGGGCCACCCAACGCUGGAACAGCUUCAUACUGCUGGCCUGGGGUCUGUCGCUGCUGCUCAGCCUGCCACAGGUUUUCAUCUUCUCCCGUUCAGAAGUGGCUCCAGGUGUCUACGAGUGUUGGGGCCACUUUGCGGAGUCCUGGGGCCUCAAAGCGUACGUGACCUGGAUGACCCUGGCUGUCUUCAUCCUCCCUGUCCUCAUCAUCACUGUCUGCCAGGUGCGAAUCUUCAAGGAGAUCCACAACAACCUGUACCUGAAGUCAGAGCGCCGCUUGUCCCCCGCCUCCCUCCCUCCAACCAGACGGGACAGCCAGAGAGGAAGAGGAGGGGGAGGCAGCAGAGGGAGGUCCAGUCUCCCCCUUUAUGUUCCACCAAUCAUGUUCAACAACCCCGGGAGUGACACCGGCUUUGACCCCGGAUCCAUCUAUCAGCACCUGCCCAUGGGUCCACUCCGGUCCAACAGCCUGGUGUCACAUUGUGAUAUUCACACCUACACUGCUGUUCACCCAGUUGAGCUGCGGUCUAAUGUGCUGUCUGGCCCUGCAGCACCCUCUGCUGUCUGCUGCCCUCCGCCCUCCGCCCCCCAGGCCCGUGGUGGGGAGGUAACAGCGGCCAUGUCAAAGACAGUGAGGAUGACGCUGGUCAUAGUGCUCGUCUACUCGCUCUGUUGGGCCCCUUUCUUCAGCGUCCAGCUGUGGGCCGCCUGGGAUCCCAACCCGCCUCAGAAUGGUGCAGUCUUCACUCUGCUGAUGCUGCUGGCCAGUCUCAACUCCUGCACCAACCCCUGGAUCUACUCCGCCUUCUCCAGCAGCGUCUCUCCGGAGCUCCGCCUGCUGCUGCUCUGUCGCACUCACUCACAGCGCCGGGGCUCGUUACCCAACGACUCCACCACCACACACACCUCCAACUAG